AUGGAUCAAAACAUCGAGCAAUUCGUCUCCAUCACGGGUGCAUCGACCGACCGAGCCCGCUUCUUCCUUGACGCGGCGGGAGGCGACCUCGAAACCGCCAUGUCGAGCUUCUACGAGUCCGAAGCAGGUGCCGCCGCGGACGAAGGUUUCAGUGAGACCGCCCCCGCUCAAAGCGUCCCAGACAACUACACCGGCCCGCGCACACUUUCAGGCCAGCCUGUCGACCCUUCGACCGUCUCCGACUUUGGCGCCGCCUCUGCGUCGAGCCAGCCAUCCCGCUCGACUACGGGCGGUGGCAGUCGUGGCGGCAUCUCGACCUUCCGCGACCUGCAGUCUUCCAACGACGGUCCUCGAAGCAGGGGGAGGGGCGACGAGGAUGAUGAUGACGACGAAGACGACGAUGAGAUGAACUACUUUGCCGGUGGCGAGAAGAGCGCGCUUAGCGUUGAGAACCCCGAGGCGCGUCGAGGCAGGAAUCAGCCUGGUGGAGACCUAGUGAAGGAGAUCCUCAAGCGAGCUGCUGAGGAAGGCAAGCGUCACCCGGAGGAGGCAGCUGCUGGCGGAUCUAGAGGCGGUGGCAGUAAGCCCGCAGCCUCUUCCUCGUUCGCGUUCACCGGUCGUGGCAGGACCAUGAACGACGCUGCGGAGCCCGAGCCUUCGACUUCUACGGGUUCGAUGCCUGGCGGUCUUGGCAACCGGGCUGGCGCUGCUAAUGACGACGAGGACGACGAUGAUGAAGGAGAGGUGGCCAUCCGCAAUCUCACGUUCUGGGAGGACGGCUUCUCGGUCGAAGACGGCGAGCUGAUGCGCUACGACGAUCCCGCGCACGCUCAAACCCUCGCCGCCAUCAACUCAGGCCAUGCCCCUCUCGAUCUGCUCAACAUUCGCUUCGGUCAGCAAGUCCAGGUGCACGUCCACCGACGUACGGACGAAAAGUACAAGCCGCCACCCAUGAAACCUUUCGCUGGCUCCGGCAACCGACUCGGCUCUCCUGCUCCAGCAUCGUUCGCCUCUUCAUCCCGCUCCCAGCCCGCGGCCCCUGCCGCUGCACCCAAUGCGGGGAGCCAAGACUUCCAAGUGGACGCAGACAAGCCCACCACGCAGCUCCAGAUUCGUCUCGGUGACGGUCAGAGAAUGACAGCUCGCUUCAACACGACCCACACGGUCGCCGACCUGAGGGGCUACAUCAACGCGGCCAACCCGGGCAUGUCGUCGCGCGACUAUGUGCUCAAUUCGUCCUUCCCGCCCAAGCCGCUCACAGACGAGUCGCAGACGUUGCAAGAUGCCGGGCUGUUGAAUGCUGUCGUCAUUCAGAAGUUCCAAUAG